AACAUUGUUAUUUAGAACAUUUGAAUGAAAAAUGAACAAGAAAAAGGUUGAUAGAAGGGGUAGUGAUCGAUUGGGUCAAAGGAGUAUUUUCUUUAGCAACAUACUUCUUCUAGGAUUCAAACCUGGUGCUAUGAAAGCCAAGUAUUCUAUUCCAUUCACAAAGGACAUGUUUGCCAUGCCAAACAAGAAAGCAUUUGAGGUUGUCAUGUAUUUCCUGUUGACACGACUCAACCCAGCCUUGGCUAAAGAACGAUUCAGAGUGUGCUAUCCAGUAUGUGACAAAAAACAGGAGCAGUUGUUUCGAAGAGCAGUUACUAAUUGGCUUACUGAGAUUACAAAGGAUAGUGGUGAAGCUUAUCUUCCAUGGAUAGCACCCUCAUUAUUAAUGUCACCCUCUGGAGACAAGUUUUACAAUCUUCUGCUUCAUCUGUCUGCUCAUGUUCUUACUGUAGUGGCAAAAUCAUCACACGGUUUAAAGAGUCGUGAUUUGUUACAGCGUCCUCGGUUGGUGCCAUCGUCUAAACAUCUUGGUAGCGUGAUGGUGAAGACAGUGGGGGCAUCAGCUAUUCGUCAUCGUAAACGAUUUCUUCAGCAGUUACAGGAGACAGCGGCCAUGCAAGACCAAUGGACUCAGUAUGCGGCGGAGUUGACAAAAGAGCACCGUACAUUAAGCAAGUCCAUACGUGGAUUAGAACAAAAAUUACAAGAUCAGUACGACAAGGCAAAUCAUUUGGCAAAAGCUCGAGGGAGCCCACCCCCAGUGAGACGUCGCCAGUCUGGAGAAUGUUUUGAAGGGGAACCAGAGAUCCAAGCAAUUCAAAGAACCAAGAAAGUUCACAAGAUUCGAGAACUGUGGAAAGCUGUUGACGACCUCCACACUACCCAGAAACCAGAACGUGAUGUUUUGCAGUCAAUCGUAGAGGGUGCUGCAAAUCGGUUCAAAUUGGAUGCUAGCGAUAUCAAUGUACAUAUUCCUGAACUGUUACUUAGGGACUGUGAAAAAGAACUUCAGAGGCGGAAUCUGGCUAACACUUAUGAAGGCGGAAAGCUAAACCUACUGACUCUUAUCCACUUGUGGAACCUCUCACUUCACUUAUACCUAGAGCAGCUUAACCAAGUUUCUCUGCCUGAUUUUGGAGAGCUUGCCCCAGCUGUAGUCACACAGGUACACAACCAACACACACACUUGGCAAAUACACACACCCUCAGGUCAACUCUAUCCAAUGAGCUACUACCGCAACUUAAGGAGUCUAUAGCAAUGCUGAAGGAAGAAUUAGAACUUCAGGGUGACAGUACAUUAAGACAAACAGACUCCUUAAGUUCCUCUAGAAAUAAGUUUCAUGACCUUACCCUUCUGCCAUCAACACCACCGGUAUCGUUUCAACCAGACACAAAUAUGAGAGGCGGUACACCACAGGAAAUCACAGGCAAACCUUUGCAGAAGUCACCGGAUAUUAUGAACACACCAGAGGCAGCCUCCCUCCUUAGAAGUGUCAUCGACAAAGCUGCACUGCGUCGGACCGCAAUAGCCCAAGGAACACCGUUCAGCACUAAUAGAAACCUGAAAUAUAUGGGAUCUAAACUACCAAGACCAACAACAACUGUUGGAAGUGAUGUAGUAGAAGACAGGAAAAGAAUCAAAUCUGCACCAUCUAGAAGCCAAUGCACCUCAACCGCAUCAUGUGAACCCCUCAGGCACCCUAAAACAACCAAGAAGGCAUCAAAUGGCAGCUAUAUCCAUCACCAAAUAGGAAACCAAACUGUGGAGGAUAAAGCUAACAAAGAUCAUGUCAAAGAUCAUGUCAAGGAAAGAAGUGAUGUAAAGAAAACUGACACCAAGAAGAAAUUCAAGCCUAAAAGAAAUCACCACCACAAACUAAGUUCUGCUGUAAAAGCCACAACCAAAGCCAAUGGUAGUGACACAUCAGCACUCAGAGACAUCAACACAUUGGCAGUCAUUGACAUUGGCACCCCAGCAGUCAAGGACCUUGGCACCCCAGCUGUCAGUGACACUCGCACACCAGCUGUGAGUUCCAUCAAUAAACCUAAGUCGACUGCUAAAGUAACUACUGCAGCUCAUACGCUUCUGGCUGAUCAGAUUGCAGAUGCUGUGGCUGGAUCCUUUGUGGAUGGGAACACACCCUCUCCAAACUCACAGCCACUUGCCUUAGAUGAUCCUCUUGCUGCAUUACAUCAAACUGCUUUUAUGACGAGAGACAAACUUAAUCGAACUCCAGAGAGAAAAACUGCCAAGGAAAAUGGUGAAGAGAGGGUUUCAACAUCGAAGAGUUCACAAAUGCCUACAAAAAAUCUGUUUGAUGAAGAUUGGCUUGCCUCUCCACCUGGUUACCAAGACAUUGUUGUUUCUGAAUUUAAGGAGGAACAGUCUGUUAUUAAGGAAACAUAUGAGAAAAGUAGUAAUGCUGGUUUGAGUGCCAAAAACCAUCAGAAAACUGACAUUAAACCUGAAGACAAUUCUGAGCCUAAAGUCAUGCGUGAGGAUUAUUCAAACUCAGAUUACUCAACACAACAUGCAUAUCACAUAAAACUAGACCUAGAAUUGCAGGCAUCAGAUUCACCAGUUAUAGGGACUCCAGAGGGUCUCUACAAGGACUUACAAAGUGAUCUAUCAGAAAUCUUUGCAUCAAAGACUCCAAGCUUACCACUUAGAUCAAGACAAUACCUAAAAGCAAGGAAAGACAAUUUUGUAGAUUCACCCAUUGUAGAAUCAAUGCGUACCAGUGUUGCAAUGAAAACCUCAUUAUCAACUGGAAUAGAAAUGCCUGUGGAUGGAUUAGGAUCACCAAAUGGAGACAUCUCGGCAGGAUUUACUCUAGAUGAUCUCUUAAAAGAAACAUGGUUGUCAGUAGAAAGUGGAUCUAGCGAGAUAUCUGGUGAAAGCAUGGCAAAAAGUGCAUUAAAGGCCAGGAAUGGAAGUGACGAUUCACAAAAGAGUGUCCAUUUCUCCAGUGGUUAUCAAGAAAAUAUCUUUCAGGAGGAAGCAAACUCUUCUAGUGACAGAUCUCUCGCAGAAAAUGCUAAAACUAAGCAUGAAAAUCUUGAUGAAGAUUUAGAUCAAUUUUCAGGUUCUGUCCACUCUCUUAGAAACAGAUUAAGUGGAAUGUUUUCAGAAGAUGAAAGUUUUGAUCUUGAUAUAUCCAGACCAGUUGAAGAACUCUUGCAUUACAUUUCCCCAGCCACUACACCAACACAUUUAGAGAGUCAUGGAGGAGUACGAUUGUCAAGUCAUCCAACAGAUUCACCAUUUGAUAUUUCAAAACAUGAUGCUACUGUGUCAUUACUUGAAAGGUUGAAACUUACCUCAGUGAGCUCAGACAAUGCAUCUCCCCAAGAUACUCAAAUGAGAAAGGAAAUGUCUGAUAGAAACCAACAGGAAUUUGUAAAUACAAUGGAUUUUCAUGAUGAUUUUUGUGCAGAUAAAGUUUUGAAUCUUCAAAGAGAAGAUGAUUGUGAAUUGAGUAAAAGCACAGUGACAAGAUCAACAUCCAAUUUUGACCUAUUAGAUGAAAGUGAUGACUCAAUCUUAAUGCCUUCAUCACCAAUGCUAGGGAAUGAUUACUCUCCUAUUGACCAAAUGGCAUCUCCGCUGGAAGAUAAUGUACAUCCCUCCAUCAUCCCUCCAUCGCCAGCAGUUGGACAACUCAUUGACAUUUGAGGUGCCAUCAAAUGACAUCUUCAUGAGUGAAAGCUAACUGUUCUAUUAUCUAAAAGAACAAGUGGUUGGAGAGCACAUAGCUACAUGAGAUGCUACCAGAUGAUGUCCCCAGUGGCAGAAAGAGGCUGCAUUUCCAUCAUUCAGAUGACCUCACCAGUGCUUUGACAUCCCUGAUGGUGGGAAAUGACCAUUUUCAUAUUUUUCUGAUGACAUUUAAAAUGCCACCAGCAGACAUCACUAACAGACCAUUGUUCCAUCAAGAUGACUACACUAGUUGGUCAGCCCACGGGUAUAAGAGGUCAACUGAUGAUAUGCCUGCCACCUGGUGCAAUUUGGCAAGUAGAAGUGGAAAAGCAGCCACUAAAUAUCUGAAAUAUGUGUGGUGCAACUUCCUUCAUGGUGAAAUAGAAGCAUGUCCACUAUUGAUUGUAUGGAGGACAAGAACAAACAUUCAAAAAAAAAUAAAUGCUUUGAUAAGUACAAACUUUUACAAAGCAAAUACCAUAUUGCAGUAGCCACUCGCCCAUAGUUGAACAUCCAGCCUUACUUUAGUUUUUGCAUAAAAAAUGCAGAAUGGAUUCUCUUUUCUUUUUUUUUUUUUUACUCUAGAUGAAGUCAAAUCAGCUGAUUACUAGCUGCAACAUUAUUUAAUACUACCAAAGCAACUGAGUGUUUUUCACUAGACUUUUGUUCCAAUAAAUUGAAAUAAUAUGAAGUACUCAGAGGGCUUGGCAAUAUCAGCUGCUGUAUAUACAACCGAUAUAUAGUAAAUUAAAUUUAAUUUGUUGUAAAGAAUGCAUUUUCUGGUUGCUUGCCAGCCAAUUAUUACUGUGAAUAAAGCACAGGCGUUUAUGUAUUUUAACUUUGGUAGUGGCUAUCGGCACUGCCGCAGUGCCAAAAAAAAGCUGCUGUUUUCUAUCGGCACGGCCGCAGUGCCAAAAAGCUGCCGUUUUCUAUCGGCACUGCCGCAGUGCCAAAGAGUUGCUGUUUU